AUGGGCUCAAUCACUGAUAUCCCUCAAUUCGAGAUCCCCACUCACUGUAAAGCAGGAGUGGUAGUCAACGAAGGUCCUAAUUUCCAUGUCGAGGUACAGACGGUGCCUGUACCAGUUCCAGGCCCCGACGAUAUCUUGAUCAAGCUGAAUUGCACAGGCCUUUGCUCAUCCGACAUCCACUUGAUGCAAAAUGACUUAGGGACCCCGCCCAUGUCCGCGUUCGGGGUGCGGUCCCCAGGACACGAAGGUGCUGGUGUAGUAGUGAAAGUGGGGGCGAACGUGAAGAACUUCAAACUAGGCGACAGAGCCGGCAUCAAACCGAUUAUGGAUACAUGCGGAUCCUGUGAGCUUUGCUGGGAUGACAAGGAGACGUACUGCAAGGCGGCAAUUCACACUGGUCUGAUGACGGCAGGAACCUACCAACAAUACUUGGUAUCACCGGCGCGGUAUGCAUCACCAAUUCCAGAUGGAAUACCCGACGAAAUCGCAGCGCCCAUUAUGUGCAGCGCGAGCACUAUCUACAGGUCCCUACUUGAGUCCAAUCUUCGGUCGGGGGCUUGGGUUGUUUUCCCAGGCGGUGGUGGCGGCGUGGGCAUUCAAGGUGUACAGCUCGCCAAAGCGAUGGGCAUGCGUCCUAUCGUGGUGGACACGGGAGCGUCGAAGCAGAAGUUGGCUAUUGAGAUGGGAGCAGAGGCCUUUGUGGAUUUCAAGGAAGUCGAGGACUCCGCUAAGGCUGUUAUUGACAUUGCCGAUGGGGUUGGCGCUCAUGGAGUCGUCGUGACUGCUCCUGCUGCAUACAAGACUGCGGUUUCGUUUAUUGGACAGCGCAUUGGGAGUAUUAUCAUGUGCAUUGGUCUUCCGGCUGCGGGAUCCACGACUUUGGGCACUGAUCCUUGUGAGUAUUGCUUCAAGAAUCUUACUAUCAAGGGCACCCUGGUUGGUAGCCGAAGGGAUACUGCUAUGGCGCUUGAUUUCGCUCGUCGGGGUAAAUUGCAGCAGAUCAGCGAAGUGUACCCGUUGAAUCGCAUGCCGGAGGCUGUGGAGAAACUGCGGAGGGGGGAAGUUUCUGGGCGUAUUGUGAUUGAUUUCAACAGGGAGGAGUGA